CAAACACAUUUGUAAAGUGUUAUUUCUAUGCACUGCCGCAGCUAUUGUUGUGGCAGUGAAAAGUACAUAAUUUAGAGGGAAACGGGGAUGUGUCUUUGAAAAGGAGUAUUCCAAUACUUUACUCAGAUUAAAAACGUAAUAUUUGUUUCUAAUUGGUACUGUUUUGUUUCAUUUUGAGCCAAGAACGAGCACUACUACUACUACACGAUGAGACAACACUGUCCCUGUGAUAAAUUGAUGAAUACUUGGGCCUGGACUGAAAUGGUUUCUUGGCAGGAUGCUCUCCUGAUUGCUACUUGAAGGGGGUCUUCCACGAUCGUCUGCCACUCCGAAGAGAAGACCCCACCUUGUCUCUGUGUUACAUUGUGGCCUCUCUUCAUCACCUUAUGGAGGAGUAGCUCUUGACGGUUUCAUUACAAGCAAUAAAAGAAGACGUGGCACGGAGCAACUGAGAGGAGAGCAACAACAAGCAAAGAGACAAUGUCAUCCAACAGAAGCCAGAACCCUCAUGGGCUCAAGCAGAUUGGCCUGGACCAGAUCUGGGAUGACCUGCGAGCAGGAAUACAGCAGGUGUACACCAGACAGAGCAUGGCCAAAUCACGAUAUAUGGAACUGUACACACAUGUUUAUAACUACUGUACCAGUGUGCAUCAGUCCAAUCAGGCCCGUGGGGCAGGGCCCCCUCCAUCCAAGCCCUCCAAAAAGGCCCCAACCCCAGGAGGGGCCCAGUUUGUGGGCCUGGAGCUCUACAAGAGACUCAAGGAGUUCCUCAAGAACUACCUGACCAACCUGCUCAAGGAUGGAGAAGACCUGAUGGAUGAGAGUGUAUUGAAGUUCUACACACAGCAGUGGGAAGACUACAGAUUCUCCAGCAAAGUGCUGAAUGGUAUCUGUGCCUACCUCAACCGGCACUGGGUCCGCCGCGAGUGUGACGAGGGGCGCAAAGGGAUAUAUGAAAUCUACUCCCUCGCGUUGGUGACAUGGAGAGAAUGCCUUUUCAGACCUUUGAAUAAACAAGUCACAAAUGCUGUAUUGAAGCUCAUUGAGAAGGAACGUAACGGAGAGACCAUCAAUACUAGGCUUAUCAGUGGAGUCGUCCAGUCCUAUGUUGAGUUGGGUCUCAAUGAGGAUGAUGCCUUUGCCAAAGGCCCCACGUUGUCAGUCUACAAAGAGUACUUCGAGACUCAGUUCUUGGCGGACACCGAGCGCUUUUACACACGAGAGAGCACAGAGUUCCUGCAACAAAAUCCAGUUACUGAAUACAUGAAAAAAGCUGAGGCGCGUCUGUUGGAGGAGCAGCGGAGGGUGCAGGUGUACCUCCAUGAGAGCACGCAGGACGAGCUGGCCCGCAAGUGUGAGCAGGUGCUCAUUGAGAAGCACCUGGAGAUCUUCCACACAGAGUUCCAGAACCUUCUGGACGCUGACAAAAAUGAAGACCUUGGGCGGAUGUACAAUUUGGUGUCCCGGAUCACUGAUGGAUUGGGAGAGCUGAAGAAACUCCUGGAGACGCACAUAUAUAACCAGGGCCUUGCUGCUAUAGAGAAGUGUGGAGAAGCAGCUCUCAAUGAUCCCAAAAUGUAUGUCCAGACCAUCUUAGACGUCCACAAGAAGUAUAAUGCUUUAGUAAUGUCAGCGUUCAACAACGAUGCUGGUUUUGUUGCUGCUCUGGACAAGGCCUGUGGACGCUUCAUAAACAACAAUGCUGUAACCAAGAUGGUGCAGUCAUCCAGCAAAUCCCCAGAGCUGCUGGCUAGAUACUGUGACUCUCUGCUGAAGAAGAGCUCAAAGAACCCAGAGGAGGCAGAGCUAGAAGACACACUAAACCAAGUGAUGGUGGUCUUUAAGUACAUAGAGGACAAAGAUGUGUUCCAGAAGUUCUACGCCAAGAUGCUGGCUAAGCGGUUAGUCCAUCAGAACAGCGCCAGUGAUGAUGCUGAAGCCAGUAUGAUCUCCAAACUAAAGCAAGCGUGCGGCUUCGAGUACACCUCCAAACUCCAACGCAUGUUCCAGGACAUCGGAGUCAGCAAAGACCUAAAUGAACAAUUUAAAAAGCACCUCACCAACUCUGAGCCUUUGGACUUGGACUUCAGCAUCCAGGUCCUCAGUUCUGGUUCCUGGCCCUUCCAGCAGUCCUGUACAUUUGCCUUGCCCUCUGAGCUGGAGAGGAGUUACCAAAGGUUCACUGCCUUCUACGCCAGCAGACACAGCGGGCGCAAGCUGACCUGGCUCUACCACCUGUCCAAAGGAGAGCUGGUCACCAACUGCUUUAAGAACAGAUACACGCUGCAGGCUUCUACCUUCCAGAUGGCCAUCCUAUUGCAGUACAAUGCUGAGGACGUCUACACAGUGCAGCAGCUCGCUGACAGCACACAGAUCAAGAUAGACAUUUUGGUGCAGGUGUUGCAAAUCUUGUUGAAGUCCAAAUUGCUGGUCCUGGAGGAUGAGAAUGCAAAUGUGGAUGAAGUGGAGUUCAAACCAGACACCUUAAUAAAACUCUUCCUGGGAUACAAAAACAAAAAACUUCGGGUGAACAUUAACGUKCCAAUGAAGACAGAGCAGAAGCAGGAGCAGGAAACCACUCACAAGAACAUAGAGGAGGACAGGAAACUGUUAAUACAGGCUGCCAUUGUGAGAAUCAUGAAGAUGCGCAAAGUGCUGAAACAUCAGCAACUCCUGGCAGAGGUGCUGAAUCAGCUGUCAUCCAGGUUCAAACCAAGAGUCCCCGUCAUCAAGAAAUGUAUCGACAUCCUGAUAGAGAAGGAGUACCUGGAGCGUGUCGACGGAGAGAAAGACACUUACAGCUACUUGGCUUAAAACCUUUUCAUUGUUCUCCACCCACCCACCCUCCCUCCUUUCUUUUUUAAAAAGUUGUCUCUUGAGUAAUAAACAUCAUUCCUUUUGACAUUUGGCCAAUGUUGUCAGGAAUGCGAGCACAGAAGGAGAAAAAGAAGAAAAAAGUUGUCAAUCAUCAUCAAGGUGGUUGCGAAAGCUGGACUUCCCUUUAAACUCUGACAUUAUGGGAUAGCUGCUCGCCCAGUGUUUGUUUGAAGAUCCCAUCUGAACUGCUCAGGAUCGACAGAUACAUUUUGAUAUGUAAAUAUGGACAGAGACCUUUACCUCUUUACUUUUAUCUUGCAAAGUUAAUAACAUACAAAAAAAACKAUCAAAACCCUUCACACCGAGGGUUGCAUGCUACUGCCUAUCUGCAUUUAAGAAGCAAAAAGACGUAAUAGAUGAGAAGCUAUUAAGACACUGCUGCUUUAUGUGGCAGUAGCAAAUUAAGAACGUAUGUUUAAAAAAAUAAAAGAUGAGUGCAAUUUUAGCUGCACUUCCAGAAAGCGAUCUGUGUUUGAAAAAGGCCCUUAGAAGUGUAAUCUGCAUUGUUACCAGCUACCAGAAAAACAUUUGUAUAGUGUGGUUCACUUUUUUUUUUAAUGUAUGGUAAAUAAAAAUUAAAGGUUUCUGUAUUCCCUCUGAUGGUUUUUAUUCCUUCAAAGCUGAUGUGAACUUUGGCCUGAGAUAUUUACACACGCAUCCCAAUUCUAAUCUAUGUUCACUAAUUGGUUGUGAAAAAGAGCUAAUGUGAUUGGUCAAAAGACCAAUUAGAGGGGGGRAAAUAUCAGAUCUGUGCAGCCUGUGUAAAUGCAGCCCUGGAUAUUAUAGAUCAUUGCUGGUUUCUUGAUGCUACAAUCCAUGAAUGACCUACUUAGCUGUUCAUUGCCAGUCAUUUGUAAACUGUAAAGCUUGUCAACAAGAUGUAUUGUGUGGGUAUUAGAACCGAAGGUUGCUACUUUCCCAUGAUCAGUUUUAAUCAGAAUGUACAUUAAUGGCUGUGUUUAGACAGUCAGCCCAAUUCAGAUUUUUUUUUAACCACUAAUUGGUAUUUUGACCAAUCACAUCAGGUCUUUUUUUUCUGAUUCGUCAAAAGACACAUUUUUGAGAGAGAAAAAAAAUAUCAGAAUUGAGCUGCCUGUCUAAACACAGCCUAAAUCACUGAAAACGUUCACAUCRUAGGCAGGAUGCAGACAGAAAAUGUAUGAGAUUGGAUCUUGGGGUUCUCUUGCCUAUUUCAAUAAUAAACAUUGUAAAUUAGGCUAUCA